AUGCGCGUGGGCGGCGGGCGGGACGACGAGGAGGUGUCCCGGAAGCUCAAGAGCAUGGACGUCGACAAGCUGGAGAACGGCGGCGGCGAGGAGAGCCCGCACCGCCGCGGCCCGCCGUCAAGGAACGAGACGUUCGAGAAGCUGGGGACGCUGGGCACGUCGGCGAACCUGCUGGUGUACCUGACGCAGGUGUUCCACAUGCGGAGCGUGGACGCGGCGACGCUGCUCAACGGGCUCAACGGCACCACCAGCCUCGCCCCCAUCAUCGGCGCCUUCCUCUCCGACGCCUACCUCGGCCGCUACCUCGCGCUCGCCAUCGCCUCCGUCGCAUCCCUCAUCGUAAGCACCGCAACCGCAAUCUCCGCCCCUCCUGUUAUUUACCUUAAUUCGUUUGCGACGUCCGUCGUCCUUGCUGCCGGACCGAGCCAGGCCCGGCGGCAUGUCGGAUUCGGGGUGGGUGGAAUUCGGUUCGGCGGGCUGGGUGGUUGA